GGCACUAGCAGGCGCAGGGGAGCGAGCGACCGACCGUCGGAACUCGGAAGGUGGCUGCGAUCGACCUGCCAACCGCCCCCACGCAGCCCGCGCACGCACGCACCCAGCAGUAGCAGCACACACGCACGCACGCCUCUAGAAAUUCCAAAACGAGCACGGCCCGGCACGAGGCCGCCCCUGCCUGCCUGCCUGCCUGCCAGUGCCAGUGCCGGUCCCUCCCUCUCUCGGCUCGGCUGGUGCUGGCCUGGAUCCUCCACGCGACGGACGCCGCCUGCCCCGCGGCUUUAGCGCCCCACUCCCGCCCCGCCCGCGGCUCUCUUCUCGUCUCGUCGUCCAGUGGUGGCGGUGGUGGUGGUGGAGUGCAGAUCCGCCCAUCCGUACGUGGAUUGCCUUUCGUCUUUGCCCAUUGCUGUUGGCCAGUUGGCGUGGAUUUGAGAGCUGCGUGUCGGCAUCAUCCGUGGUUUGAUUACUUCUCCGGCACUCAAGAUCGAGGGAAGUCGCAGCAGGACUUGUUUCGGUUCAACUGGACGAACUCCCGUGUCCUGCGCCAGGACCGCCACUGAUGAGCCCACUCAGAUUUAGGAUGGCUUGUCAUUGCUGAGCUUCUCCAGGAAAGACUGGAAUUUUUGCGCCGCGCCAACCUUUAACUGUAUUUCAUGAUACAAAAAAAUGUCAUCAAACUCCAGUCUAACCGAAUCCCUACAUGAGAAAACAAUUGUCUUUGGCCUUAAACUUUGGGUUGUGAUUGGGAUUGCUGUCGGAGCAUCCCUCUUGGGUAUUCUUCUCAUUCUUCUCAUAUGCCUUACCAUUCAAAGUUGUAUCAAGAGGUCGCGCAAGCCACUCAAGGACCGUCGAAUGCACCAGAUACCUCCAGCGUACAAAGAUAUCAAGGAAGUGGGGAUGGUGGAUCAAUUUCCAGCCAAUGAUUUUGUUGUACAUGAUGGGCUUCUACUCACUAUUCAGAAUGAGCCUGAGCCUGUUGAAUCAGUUGAUAGAGAUGCAAUUCAGUUGGCUCAGGAGGAAAAGUUGAAACAAAGAGAAGAGAACAAUGUCUCUGGUUCUUUUCCCAUCACGGAUGGCUGCGAGGGAAAUCAGAUUGUUUCUGCCGAUGAACAGUCUUCAACACAUGCUACUAUUGACUCUGCACCAUUGGCGGGCUUACCUGAAUUUUCUUAUCUUGGUUGGGGCCAUUGGUUCACCCUCAGAGAUCUAGAGCUUGCAACCAACCGUUUUGCAAAGGAUAAUGUAAUUGGUGAGGGUGGAUAUGGUGUUGUGUAUCGUGGCAGAUUAUCAAAUGGCACCCCAGUUGCUGUCAAGAAAAUCCUUAACAAUUUAGGACAGGCCGAGAGAGAAUUCAGAGUGGAAGUUGAGGCAAUUGGCCAUGUCCGCCACAAGAAUUUGGUCCGCCUUUUGGGUUACUGUGUUGAGGGUACUCAAAGGAUGCUUGUGUACGAGUAUGUGAAUAAUGGAAAUCUUGAAAGUUGGCUCCAUGGGGAAUUGUCCCAAUACAGUUCUCUCACUUGGUUGGCUCGCAUGAAAAUUCUUUUGGGAACUGCAAAGGCCCUUGCUUACUUACAUGAGGCAAUCGAACCAAAAGUUGUGCAUCGCGACAUCAAGUCCAGCAAUAUCUUGAUUGAUGAUGAGUUUAAUGCCAAAAUAUCAGACUUUGGUUUGGCCAAGAUGCUUGGUGCUGGUAAAAGUCAUAUUGCUACACGAGUUAUGGGUACCUUUGGCUAUGUUGCACCUGAAUAUGCUAACAGCGGACUUCUAAAUGAAAAGAGUGAUGUCUAUAGCUUUGGGGUCGUUCUGUUGGAAGCUAUUACAGGUAGAGAUCCAAUUGACUAUGAUCGCCCUACAAAUGAGGUAAACCUAGUUGACUGGCUUAAAAUGAUGGUUGCCAACAGACGUUCUGAAGAAGUGGUGGACCCAAACCUGGAGAGAAGACCUUCAACAAAGGAGCUGAAACGUGCCCUUUUGACUGCUUUGAGGUGUAUCGAUUUGAAUGCUGAGAAGAGGCCUAGCAUGGACCAGGUGGUCCGGAUGUUGGAUUCUAACGAACCCAUACCUCAAGAGGAAAGGAGACACCGACAAAACCGAAUCCCAGAGAGUUCAGAAACUGAGCCACUGCGGGGCAAGAAUAACAGUGGCAGGAGUGAUGCCCCUGAGCAUGAAGCGAGGCCACCACGACCUAAGAGUCGAACUUUUUCGUCCAAAUGAGGGAAACAAAAAAGAAAAGAAAAGGCGUAUUAGGAGAUAUAUAUGGUAUAGACACUGGAAUGCUGAGAUGCGCAUUGUGGGAAGCAGGAAAUCUCAGUUUCGAUACAUAACCAAUUGGUGGAUUUUUCAUUCUUGGAUGUGAUGCUUGACAAUACAUUUUUGUGUUCCUUAACACAUGUACAGUGGUGUGUCGUAGUUGAAGGGUGUAUAGUACUAUUAGUUUGUAACUUCAAAAGAAGAACGCAUUCCUACCAAAAAAGGAAAAGGGGAAAAAAAAGAUGGGCGUGUGUGGUGGUCGGUUGCAGUAACUGUUGUCUGGUUGCCAUGAACUCCAAAGUGCAUCAAUGUAACAUUGGAUAAUGUUUGUAUUUGUAUCGUUUACUCGAAGAGUAUAAAGGGGAGAAAGAAGAAUUGGCUUCA